AUGAUGAUGUGUAGCGUUUGUUCUUUCAGUGGCUCCUCGUGCUUCACAUUUCAUUGCACGGAUUUGAACCAACGUGAGUGCGCUGUGAAAGCCCUUCAGAAGCGGGCAAAGGACUAUGUCAAAACCGUCACCCUGGGACCACUACUGCGCUUGGAGCACAAAAAUGUUGUUGCACUAAAGGAGGUCUUUGAAAGUGAUACGCACAUCUUCAUGGUUUCCAAGUUCGUCGAUGGAAAACCGCUGUUUCAGUACUUGGCUUCUUUGGAUGUUCUGAGUGAAGACCUAAUGGCCACGGCGAUCCGUCAGAUUGUCGAUGCUUUGGUCUACCUGCACUACUUCGAUAUCAUACAUCGUGACCUCAAACCAAGCAACCUUUUGCUGACAAAAGAAGGCGACAACCUCAAUGUUCAAGUUAGUGAUGCAGCUUUUUCAACGGUAAUCGGUUCGGACAUGGAGCUUGAGCUAGUCAAUGGUGACUACACCUACACAGCCCCCGAAAUCUUCCUUAGUCACGACUACGGGGCACCAGUAGACCUGUGGGCUCUUGGCGUAAUACUCUUUAUCAUGGCAUGUGGAGAAGAACCCUUCAAGCGAGACAACGACAUGGACGCGUUUCGAGCCAUCCAACGAGCAGACUACGCGUUUGACGCCCCCGGCUGGAAGGACAUCAGCAUGCACUGCCACGACCUCAUUAGACGUCUGCUGGCAGUGGACCCUGCGAUCAGAUUCACCGCACUCCAGGCCAGUCGACACAAGUGGGUCACUGGAGAGGAAACGAAGAGUGUCAUCCUGCCUCAACUGCCGCAGCGACUCCAGAAUUUUAAUCAGCGCUGCGCAGAGCGAGUAAACGACCGUCUGGAGGAGGAGUUGCGUGUUCGGGGUGAUUGCGGUGUUGCAUUACGACAUCGAGACGACGACUUGGAGGUGCCUCGAUCGCUGUGA